AUGGUGCCCUCAAUUCCCGCAAUCCUGCAAACCCCUUGGCCUGAAAGACCGUCGACGAGGAUUGUACAGCGUGAUGAAGAGUCUCUUCGGCAUGAAGCGGGGGAGACGGAGAAUCGACGUGCGUUGGAGGAGUAUCGGAGCCAGAAGAGCGCGCUGCAGGAGGAGAAACUUGCCGUGUGUCCUCGCCUCACGCUUCGACUCUCGGAUGCCAGCACUCUGUCUCUCAGGGAUGGAACCUUGGAUUUCACGGCGACGCUAUGCUACACAACGACUCCUGAAUUUGUACCUAGCCAGCCAAUCGUUCUACACCUGCUUGGUCCUAAAGCUGGAGGCCCACUAUCCGAGAACGCAGUGUACUGGGGCCAGUACCAGAUCUUUGCUUCGCCUGAGAACCUCCCUGAACAUCGCCUUCCCUUUGAAUGGCGCAAUGUGAGUUUACGGCGGCCAAGAGAUGCAAAAGGGCGGUUCAUCGAUUCGAGCGAUAGCCAUUACGCAGCGGCGCAGACUUAUGUUGUCAGCGAGGCUGAGGGAUGGAUUGAACUGUUUCCCGGACAAGAAGUCAGCCGGCGCGUGACGUUACAGCUUGAUCAGGCUGUUGCUUGGCAACGAGGGGUCAGCUCUGGGCGGGAUUAUUGGUUGCGUUGGUCGCCAAGUGGAACGGUUGGUAAUCCGAAGACGUUGUGGAGCUGGAAGUAUGGGGGGUUGAAGGAUUGGGAAGGGAUCAUCCUCAACAGGAAGGAGGAUUCAAAAUGUUGGAUACCGAUUCCUAUCCAGUCAGAGGAGAGCGGGCUGAAGUUUAAAGUCGUUGAUGGGGCCGAGUAA